AUGGCAUCUUCAGAAGUUUUCAUCUUUGGUGAUCAAACCGUAGCUUUCGAGCCCACGCUGCACCGGCUACUGCAUGUCAAGGACGACGUAUUGUUGUCCGACUUCUUUGAUCGAGUCGGUUUUCAAUUAAGACGUUACGUUUCCAGCCUCCCAGCCCACCAGCAGGCCUGGUUUCCUCUUUUCACCACGUUGCUCGACCUCUUUGCCCAGCAUGAAAAAGUAUAUUCUGUCCCGGCGCUAAAGUUUGCCCUUCUCUGUGCCACAGAAAUUGGCCAGUUCAUCAGACACCUUGUGCAGACCACUCGACCAUAUCCAGUUGCCGCCAGCACGUACCUUGUCGGUGCCUGCACGGGGUCUUUCCCCGCAGCCGCGAUUAGCACCUCUCAGACUUUGUCAGAACUUCUUCCGGCAGCUGUUGAAGCCGUUCUUGUCUCUUUGAAACUAGGGCUUCACUCUCUCAUCGUGCGAUACGACAUCGAGGCUUCUGUUCCUGGCCAGCCCAAGUCAUGGUCAGCUCUCGUUGACGUCGAGGUCACUGAGGCGGCCGACAAGAUUACAGCAUAUAAUGCCGACAAGGCAAGCAAUCUUCCUCUCAUAUUGACCUGUGCACAAAGCUAA